CUGGUCGCGAUUACCGCCAACUUUCUGCUAACUUGAUAUCGAGAUCCAGCCUCCGCGAACACAGUCCUGCGUUCUCCUGUAUUUACGUUUGCACACCUAAAUACGACACAGCUCUAUGAGAAUGAAGCUUGCUUACACCAUAUUCACACUGAUUGUUCUAGCAUCCAACCUGCUUGGGCAACCUAUCUCCGAAGGCAGCUCGCAGCAAGACGUCAAUCCCUCCGCAACCCCGGAUAGCCCACUCCGGGAGAUCGACCCAAACACCGACGUUGACGAUGUUAUUGCCACCCUUCUGCAAAUCGGCGUCGAUGUCAUCACUCUUGAUAAGACCAUCUCAGCGCUUCAACUUACAAAGGACAGCAUCCCGCUCCUCCAAUCCCAGACUCGGGCCAUCACCAACUCCCUCGACACACUGAUCGCCCAAACGCUCCUCCUAAGCUAUUUGGAUCCUGUCGAAAGCACUCGGGUGACCGCAAACACUGUCGUCUUGAAGCCGACCUAUGCUCAUUUGCUGAAGGUGAUUUCGGAACAGAGACUCAUUAUCUGCGCUAUGCAGUAUUGCAAGGAAAUGCACGACUGGCUAGGGCAGUUUCGCAUCCAUUUACUGGUCUCCACGGUAACCGCCAAUGCCAUCCUCGUGCUCCCGGAUGCGGCUUUGAGCGAGGCGGCGUGGGGGGUUCAGGACCGGGAGUUUCCACCUGUUAUAGCGGCAUUUCAUGGGCCGUACAGCUAGAAUUUUGAUUGAAUUCUUAUCUGUGUGAAGAGACGCAGAGGAUCUAGCGAUGUUGUAUGUUGC